AUGGCACCAGUUGUCACAGGUGGUUCCCUCCUAGCCUACCUACUUGGCUACGCCAUCUACCAACUUUUCUUCAGCCCUCUGCGCAAGUUUCCGGGUCCCAAGCUUUGGGCAGUCUCUUACAUCCCUUACGUACGCCUCUACAUCUCCGGCAACGGCCAUCGAAAGAUCUUGAAGCUCCAUCAACAGUACGGCCCUAUCGUCCGAGUCGGCCCAACCCACAUAUCCGUCAACCACCCCGACGGCAUGCAGGAUGUGCGAGGCCACCGCAAGACAGGCGAGAACCCUAAAGACCUGCUCAACUCCAUCCCCAAUCGCGACAACAUCAUCGGCUCCAACCGCGCAGACCACCAACGCUUCCGCCGGGCCCUCGCCCACGGGUUCUCAGCUCAGACCAUGCUGGCGCAGCAGCCCAUCAUCAAGCAAUACGUCGACAAGCUCUUUAAGAAACUUCGCGAUGCAUCGCAGGGUGGAUCGCGCCCCGUCGACGUGGAAAGAUGGUUCAAUUUCACAACGUUCGAUGUCAUCGGUGACUUGGCGUUUGGCGAGCCGUUCGGGUGCCUUGAGGAUGAGACGUAUCACCCUUGGGUUGAUAUUAUCUUUAAGAGUAUCAAGAACAUCGCUUUCCUGACUAGCAGCAAACGACUUUCAUGGGUGGGCCCAUUGCUCAUGAUGACAAUUCCCCGCAGCCUAGUUACCAAGUUUGCAGAAAACAAAGAGUUAUCUAGGGAGAAGUUGCGGAAGAGGCUAGAUCUCGGGACCAAUCGUCCUGAUUUCAUCGACGCUAUGAUCAGAAAGUCUGAAUCAGCCGGUGCUACGAUAAGUUUCGAGGAGCUCACGUCGAAUGCGUUCGUUUUGAUUGUCGCUGGCUCUGAGACGACAGCCACACUGCUCUCCGCCGCAACAUUCUUCCUGGCAACCAACUCUGCCGCUUUGGCGAAGCUCAACGAUGAGGUCAGGUCGGCAUUUGAAACCGAGGACCAGAUUGACAUGCUCAGCGUCCAAAACCUCAUGUACAUGUCGGCGGUGCUGGAUGAGAGUAUGAGGUUGUAUCCACCCGUCCCCAGUUCUAGCCCGCGUAUGGCCGGAGAAGGGGGCGACGAGAUUCUGGGCGAGUUCGUUCCGGAAGGGACAACUAUCGACGUGUGGCAAUGGGCCGUCUACCACAACCCCGAUCAUUUCGCCAGAGCGGAGGAAUUCAUCCCUGAACGGUGGCUGGACGACCCGAGGUUCGCCAACGAUGCGAAGAAAGCUCUCCAACCUUUCUCGACGGGCCCUCGAAACUGUAUUGGAAAGAAUCUUGCCAAUGCAGAGAUGCGCCUGAUCUUGGCUAGGUUGAUUUGGAACUUUGACAUCCGCGCCACGGACGAUAUCCAGAAGUGGUACGAUGAGAGCGAGGUCUAUAUUUUAUGGCAGAAGGGGCCUGUGAAUGUGUACUUGGCACCUAGGGCUUGA